GUGAGCGCAAAGACAGCGUCAUGGAGAUUCCUGAGAGAUUUUACGAUCGAAAUAGUGAAUCCGACGAAGAUGAGAAAUGGAGUCAGUCAGCGAGAAAUGAAAACGGCGUCGAUCUAAAACUGGGUCGCGGACAGGUGUUGCCGAAAGGAUACAAAAUAAUCAGUGGCGCGCAGAAUGGCGAAGUGCAACUGGGUUUCUACCUUUGCAAGGGAGCUCUCGAAGUCGAGGUUAUCUGCGCAAGGGACAUCUGUCUUCAGGAGAAGGAGGAGCCAGAUACUUACGUGAAGACGUACUUGCGAGAACGAGAUGGCGAGAAGUGGCUGCAGAAGCGCAAGACUCGCGUGAUACGGCACUCGAAGAAUCCGCAGUAUCGGCAGACGCUGAAGUACGGCCGCUGUGACAUCCUGCAGGGCAGACACUUGCUGGUGAUGCUGUGGGAGAAGAAACAGGGCUUCGAGAGCAACCAAGGAUUGGGCGGCGCCGAAGUAAACCUCGAUCUGCUGCCGCCGAAAGAAUUCAUUUUCGACUGGUAUCCGGCACGCAGAACGCAGACUCACCAUGAUGGCUGA